AAGCAAAGCGCACCACAUCAUCGCAAAACCAGAGAGAAUGCUGGCGAGGAGGGCCGUCUCGUUCUUGAAGAGCUCCUCAGCUACACAGUUUUCCAGUGUGGCUGCUUCGGCGAAAACUCUGGAUGAAGGGCAGACCAAGUGGUUUGGCCGCAAGGCUGUGAACUAUCUUUUGAUUACUGUUACUGGCGGCGUGGCUUUGAGUGCUCUUGAUGAUCUUAUUAUUUAUCAGAGCUGUAGCAGCAAGGCCAUGGAGAAAGCCAGUAAGGACCCAGCCAUCCGAGAGGCUCUAGGGGAACCUGUUCUGAAGGGCCCAUGGUACAAUGCACAACUUGGAGUAGCUCAUAAGAGGCAAUCUGUAUCUUGCAAAUUUCCUGUGUAUGGACCAAAAGGCACAGGAGUUCUCAGUGUGAAGGCUGUACGCGAUGGAGAUGACUCAUGGAUGUCAUAUUUCAUAUCUCGCAAUUGGGAUAUUCUAAUCAUGGAUGCUCUCCUCCAUAUUCCUGAAAAUGAAGAGAAGAAACAAACUAUACGGAUUACCAUCCCAGAGCCUGCUUGCACGUCUCCAGCAUGCAGCGGCCCUAGUUGCAGCACCCAAGAAUCUCAGAAUCCAGAGAAGAAAUAGAGCACUCGAUGCAUCACCACGCAAGAAUGUUUCCCCCAUUUAGGUAUUCUUUCUCGUGAAAAGCUUGGUAGAGGACUAGAGGGUGAUAAUAGUGUGAGUACCCUGAGAGUUCUUGACAGCUUGUAAAGCUUCUGGUUUCCUUUUUGAGCUUCAGCUCCUCAAAAUGUCUCUUUUCUCUUCAAUAACACAUGGCUAGAAACUUGGUCACGGAAAAUACUGAACUUUUGGGUUAGACAAAAAGAAAUGAAGUCACACCAAGUCAUUCUAUAAUUGGCAAAUUUCUGAAUCCUUUAAGACA